CUGGAAGCUUUGAACAUCUGUCGCCUCGAUCACAUCUGGUGACAGUGGUAGCCUAUACUACAUUGCCCCAAUUUCCCAACUUGAAUCAGUCGCGCCCCUUCAAUUUUUAGCUGUGAAUAGUUACAAUUUUUGAGACAGUGUGAAAGAGAGAUAGCCGCCUAGUUGUCUUCAAACAAAUGUUUAAUUUGCCUUUGUGAAGAAAAUAUUUUGAAAAUUAUUCUUGGUAACAGGUUUUGCAGGCUAUAGGCAACUACGGCAUGUAGCUUGUUUUACCUCUGUUUACCCCCAAACUACAGGCCAUAUCGGUCCAAUAAUUGUAUCGCUACAUCAAUACAAUUACUAGAGGUGUGCAGUAGAAAUGAUUAGUUUGAUGCCGCUGUGGACGAGCCUGUACAAGCUCCCGUCGACUGCACUGUCUUACGCAACAAAUUGCGUCCGUUCACCAGUGCGAAAUUUAAGGCUGGACCAUUUUUAUAUUUCAGUUUUUGUCUAAUCCGUCUCAUUUCCAUGAGGAUUAGCGGACCAAUCAUGAAUAUUGAGAGACCGCCCAGCUCGAGUGGUAUACGUGGUAGGCUAUACGCUCGAGCACAGUCCUUACUCGGUUUCUACCGUGGGACACCGACAGACGCGCAGUCCUCUCGUGUUGUUAUUGGUCCACAGGGAAAAGUUGUUCCAUUUCUAAAUAUGGUUUAUCGGCUCGCGAUUUUUUUAUGACAUACAAAUAAUUCUCCCGGUUACCGGUCUCAGGAUGCACGUUAGUUUGAGUGAUGGUGCGCCAGUGUUAUUGAAUUAUAUUUUCAGCGCUCUCUUUCUGUGCGGUACGUAACUUUCUGAAACGAUUUGCGCCCAAGGAGGACAUUAAUCAGGAUCUGAAAAGGCUCUGUCUUGGCCGUGCUCCAUGGAAGACCUGGAAGUGGAGAUCCAGAGAGAGGCAUCUCCCUCGUGUUCCCCUCCUCAGGAGAGAGCGUCUGAGCCUGGGCCUCCCUCCCCUCCCUCGCCCCCCUCCCCGCUGGCUGGCUCUGCCGUGCACACCCUACAGACCAAGGUGAGGGCUGUAUCCUACCGGCCCGGGCGGAGGGAGAGGAGGAGAGACAAGAGGACUUCAGACAUCCAGCCUGGGGGGCCCGGCUGGUCCCUAGUCAUACCCGGAGAGAAGGCCCGUGGCAAGGGUAGGGUGAACCCUCCAGUCUCCCUCAAGUACCCCGAGUUUGGAGCGAUAUUGAGCAGCAGUGAGGAAGAGGAGGAGGAUGGUGAGCUGGAGGUGCAAGUGGAGGUGGAGGUGGCCAGACUACAUCUAAACACUUCCCCACCUGACACGGCCGGGGAACCAGAGGCCCGGAACUCCAGGAGGGGGGGGGAGAGCGGCUCUGACGGAGGCCCAGUUCGGACUGCCUCUGGUCAGCCUGUUCCUCCUCGAGGCCUAGGCGAGGGGUCCAGUGUGGAGAACCUCCAGACAGACGUCUCGAGCAGCACCACAGACGGCCCCUCUCCUUCAAAGCCUGCUCCACCCUCCUCCUCCUCUCUCUCCUUCUUGAUGACCUCUGCCUCCUCUUCCUCCUCUUCCACCACCACAUCCUCCUCCUCCUCCUCUCGACACUGGGCGCCCCCUAAAGGCUUCUGGAGAGUAGUGCGUCCAGAGACGCUCCACCUGAAUGGUGCAGAGCCACUGUGUGCUGCUGCUUCACUUCCUGUGAAGGACUAUACUUUGAUGUCAUCACUUCCUGUGAAGGACUAUACUUUGAUGUCAUCACUUCCUGUGAAGGACUAUACUUUGAUGUCGUCUCUUACUGUAAAAGAUUACAGACUACUCUAG